AUGGUGCGCACCGGGUUCUUCCAGCAACUUGUUGCAACCGUGCCCAUGACGCUGAUAUGCCAAGACGUGCCUCAAUCCGAGGUCGUCGUUGGCAGCCAUGGAAAUCCAGGCUCUUGGUUAGAAGCUAUGAACUGCUUCGUUAUCUCACACCCGUGGCUCACGAAGACGGACCCCGACCCAUAUGACACGCAGCUGCAAAUACUGGUCGAGGAGAUGGACCCGGAGUGUGCUGCAGACGACGACGCAAUCUUCACUGACAAAAACAAACCCCAACACUGCGCGCUGGAUGAUGAUCUCCAGCGCUGGGAUGCGGAAGGAGGUUGGCCAGAACCUGGUAACGACCGAGCUGUCCAGACUCAAGCUGAGGAAAUCAGUUCCCAGAAGGCAGUGCCUUCUUCUGCAACUUCGGGCAGCGUGAGUUUCACCUGUCACAGCGCUGAGCAUGGACGAUUGCAGUCGCGCUAG